AUACAUUUUCAACACAUCUAAACCCUAAUUUAUUCAAUACCAACAAAUAGCUUUAUAAUUCCCUAAAAGAAUGGGUUUGCCAAAGAAACUCAGUAGCACUCUUGUACUUGCCCUAGGCUUCCUCAUGGUUCACUAUGCCCUCGCCCAAAACUCGCCACAGGACUACGUUGAUGCCCACAAUGCAGCUCGUGCAGCUGUCAAUGUUGGACCUAUGCAAUGGGACGAGACGGUGGCCGAGUAUGCCAGGAACUACGCCAAUCAGCGAAGCGGAGAUUGUGCUCUCCAGCACUCGAAUUCAAAUGGGAAGUACGGUGAGAACAUAUUUGAAGGUGGUGGUGGUGGUUCUGUUUUUAAUGCCAAAGAUGCGGUGGAUUCUUGGGUUGGAGAGAAGCAAUAUUACGACUAUAAUUCCAACUCAUGUGCCCAAGGGGAGCAGUGUGGGCACUACACUCAGGUGGUUUGGCGCGAUUCAGUUCGGCUGGGUUGUGCUAGAGUUCAGUGCAGGAACAAUGGGUGGUGGUUUAUUACUUGUAACUACAGUCCCCCUGGCAACUACGCGGGACAGCGUCCAUACUGAAGUUACCUUUGCUAGGGCAACUAUACUCACCCAAACACAGUAUGCUAUUUGGUUACCUUUAUACUAAUCCUAGUAUUUGAUAUAAAUAAAAAAUCCUCAAUAUCUCUGUAAUAUUUUCAAGCGAAUUGAUCAAUAAAGUUGAGAGGAUAUUUAUAAUUUA